CGCCCACACUGCCAGUUAGCGCCUGAGUGGGCAUCUGCUGCUGGCUGCUUUCUCCGCUGGGGGCAUCCCGUCCUCGCCUUCUUGCAUUUGCCCUCUUUGCCCAUCUGUUCUUCGCCAUCAACCACCAACCGCCGCCCAAAUCACACCAUCUGCAUCGCGGCCAAUACGCAGCAUACUGGGCUUCGAUCUCGAAACUCCCUGCUGCUCUAUUUUCUAUCUCACUAGACCCGUUUUCAACGCCCGUUUUGGACGGCCCAAUUCGCGCGUCAACCGGUGCUGGCCAACACCACCACGGUUUGCCAGCAAGGUGCAAAGGCAAAAACCACCGCCAGUAGCCAGUCAGCCAUCCCUCACCACAAGGCUCAACCAGCCGUGACACUGUCUGCGGCUCGUACGGCUGCUCAAUAACCAACACCAUACAAUAAUCCAAGUCGUCGAUAUUCUCGACAUACACGCGUUGGCCAGGCUCGCCCCCCAUGGCUAGGUUGCUUAGGGGUUCGACGGUGAAUCCUAAGCCGCCAGCUGCGGCCCCGGGUUCGCCUGCCGCCUCGACAACUACUCACGAUAUCACGACCCCUUCUAAAUCCUCAUCUGCGGCCUCGUCCAUCUCCCAAAAACGAGAUGUCCAGUCUCCGUCUGCCACUCCGGAACGCACAUCGACCGCCGCCUCCACCACCGAGACCCGACGCCCGAGGACCACCAGCGCCGGCGCUGCCGACUCCUCUUCUUCCCUUCGCUCCCAUAGCAGUGCAUCACGUCGAGUUCAACUCCAGGUCAGCGAGUGUGUAGAAACAAAAACUGUUACGACAACUACUCGCUUCACAAGACAAUUUCCUCCCGUCUAUGUCGGUGAUUCCCAGUCCCUCGCCAGCCUCGAUGUCAGAGAAUACCCUCUCGCUAUGAAGGAAAUGCCUUCGGAAAUCGCAAAUUUUGCAUUCACAGAAGAGACUCGCCGCGAAGAAUUCCAACAUCACGUAAAUGCUCGAAAUGACGAACAAUCUACAAAGCACAAGGGCAAAGCCAGAUUACAGCCCGCCCCCUCCAUCAAAACCGGCUCUCAACCUCAUUCACAACCUCUCUUUUCCUCCUUCUCCUCUCAGCAAUCUAGCCGAGACUCGUCCCCGUCAUACAGUGAGAGUGGCCGCCCCCGGAGUCGCAGCGCCACUCGACCCGCCUACGCCGAGUCGUCGUCUGCUGCAACCCGUUCAACUGGGCAAAAUAAAAAUAGUCAUUCGAAAUCAAAAUCAAACCGGCCGCUCCGUUCCGCCGUUCUCCAGUCCAUGUCCGAACGCUCGCGUCAGAAGCAGCCGCAGGACAACGACGCGGUAGUAAGCCGCGAGGAUAUCAAGAAGGAAGGCGAGGAGGAUGAGCAGACUGGCGAAAAGUACAUCUUUGAAGACGAAAAUGGUCUUUGUAUCAUUGUUGGGGGUGCUAAAGGCGUCCCCUGGUCUAAGAAUCUCGUCAUGGAGGAGCCACCACCAGCCCGACCACGCCUCAACCACAGAAAUGUACAAGGCCCUGGAGGCCCUGUGCCAGUCCUAAUCGGUCUCGAUCCUCCUGCUCCCCUUCCCCCACCCAUGGUAAAUGGCGUUGUUGGAUAUGCUCAAAGCCCCACAGGCAGCGAUUCACCCACCAUCUUCAGCAGCACGGUAGCAACACCACCUAUUACGGAUGCCGAGGCUGCCCUUUCUACUGAUGAUGAACUAGACGACGACAGUGAUACCCAAAUUCCCGUGGCUCUGCCCAGCCCAAGACUAUCGCCAGGCCUUACUCCUCAGCAAGAUGCGGCUGCCAAUGACUCUGGCGACGAUGAUAUGGAGGAUGCGAGCCUAGGGGAAGCCGGUACUACGUCUACUUCUACGAUGGUGGACGAUAGCGGCACGCAGGGCACGCUUAUGGGACCUACUCAGUCCUCGGCUUGGGCUGAUGAAUCUCAAGGCAACGACUCCAUUACAGGAAGGGAACUCGUACCGGCAGGUUUUUACGACGACGAACCAUCGGACGGCCUCACCCGACAGCGACCUAUAUCUAUUGAUACCAAUGUUCUUUUGGAAGCGUUCGACUCCAUGAAGACCGAAAUGAAGACAUACAUGAUGUACCAAUUCCUUCGCAGAUGCCCCCGCCCAACUCUCCGAGUCAUCUUCGAUACCGUCACACCCACUCUCAAAUGCGAUUUCUUGAAGCGCCUGCCGCUCGAGCUGAGCUACUCUGUUUUGUCGUACUUGGAUGUUGGAGACCUGUGUAAUGCUGCCCAGGUUUCAAAACAGUGGCGCAACAUUGUCGAUAGGAAUGAAACGGGUUGGAAGGAGCUCUUUGAUCAUGACGGUCUGAUUCUACCACCGGGCGAACUCGACAAGGCUAUCAAACAGGGCUGGGGUUGGCAAGAUCCCGUCGGUCCGAACAGUUAUGAAUUGGACUUGAGCUUGACCAGCCAGAUUAAGGCAGAGGACGAUCUCAAAGAGAGCGGCGCUGCCCCCAUGUCUAGACUUCGAAGCGCGAAGCGCAAGCGCGGCGCCUACAUCACCUCGGACAGAUCCAAGCGACGUACCCUUAGCCACGCUGGGCUGGCUGCCGAUGAAGCUGAGCCUGACCAACUGGCGACGGCACGCGACUACCAACAACCUCUGAUUGAUGCGAAGCACAAGUCAGAAGGACCACUAUCUGCUGCCAGCGCUGCCGCUAGCGCUGUCCCCGACCCCGAGCUUGGUCUUCCUAGCUUGCGCCAGCUGCAUCUUUUCAAGUCGCUGUAUCGUAGACACCACAUGAUCCGCCAAAGCUGGACAAACGGCAAGGUUCGACCUUCGCACAUUGCCUUUGCGGCCCAUCCGCGCCACGUUAUUACAUGCUUGCAGUUUGAUGACGACAAGAUCAUCACGGGAAGCGACGAUACGCUCAUCCAUGUGUACGAUACUAAGACGGGCGAGCUGCGAAAGAAGCUGGAGGGCCACGAAGGUGGUGUCUGGGCCCUGCAAUACGAAGGUAAUAUCCUCGUUUCUGGCUCAACUGACCGCUCGGUUCGUGUUUGGGAUAUUGAAAAGGGACUCUGCCAGCAAGUAUUUUACGGACAUACGAGCACUGUACGUUGCUUGCAGAUUCUCAUGCCUACCGAUAUUGGAGCAGCAUCAGACGGAUCCCGCAUUAUUAGACCUGAACAACCCCUUAUCAUUACUGGAUCGCGUGAUAGCCAGCUCCGUGUUUGGCGCCUGCCUGAAGCUGGAUCUCGACGAUAUAUCCAGACUGGCCCGCCAGCCCAAGAGACGGAUUGCCCGUACUUUGUUCGGGUGCUAACCGGACACACACAUUCGGUUCGCGCCAUUGCUGCGUAUGGAGAUACUUUGGUUAGUGGCUCAUAUGACAGCACUGUACGCGUAUGGCAGAUUAGCACCGGCCGAUGCCUCCAUGUCCUGAGUGGGCAUGCGCAAAAGGUAUACUCGGUGGUGUUGGAUACGAAGCGCAACCGGUGCAUAUCUGGAUCCAUGGACUCGCUUGUCAAGAUUUGGGAUCUCGAUACCGGUGCUUGUCUCUUUACUUUGGAGGGGCACACGAUGCUUGUUGGUCUCUUGGAUCUGCAGGAUGACCGCCUGGUCUCGGCGGCGGCAGAUUCCACGCUGCGUAUCUGGGACCCUGCUAAUGGCCGCUGCAAGCAUAUGCUCAUGGCCCACACCGGUGCCAUUACUUGCUUUGAGCACGACGGGCGCAAGGUAAUUAGCGGCAGCGAGAAGACGGUCAAGAUGUGGGAUGUUCGCACAGGCGAUUGGGUGCAGGAUUUGCUCACGGAUCUCCGGGGCGUGUGGCAAGUCAAGUUUGACCAGCGGCGAUGCGUUGCUGCGGUCCAGCGUGGGGAGUUGACCUAUGUCGAGAUUCUCGAUUUUGGAGCAGUACGUGAUGGACACCGUGUGGAGGAGCUAGGUGUUCGACGCGUGGUUGGCGACCUGUCUCUUCAACAGGCCGUCCAACGCGCAUGAAAUGAAACCAACAAUUAAGAAGAGGAAACAAAUGAGUCAAACGGACGGCGUAAAAUGGAAACCAACAUGACGGGCAAAAGGAGACUUUGCAUUUUGCAUUUUUGGAGUUUUGUUCUUUUCUUUUAUCUUUUUUCCUUGUACACCCCUCUUCUCUUUCUUCCUUCUGAGACUUUACUAUAUUAUUACCGGGCUCUUUAGGGGAUUGACAAAACCGGCAUGCAUUUUUCUUUCCUUGUUUUCCUACUUAGGGUACUCUUGAUGAUUUGCUUUUGUUUGUGUCUUCGUCAUAAGAUUCUUUGAGACUUGUGUUUUGGUAAGAGAUAUGUAUCUAUCUACUUACCAUCACAUCAGGAUCGUCCGUAUAGUAGUAUUAAAAACAAGAGAAUCAAAAUUUAUAUUAUUUCCCCCCAAAAAACGUAUGAUGGUAUCUUUGCUAUACACAACUAUAUAUCCAAAUGAUAUGCUCCCAUGACUUCGAUAUACAGCGCCAUUGAUAUGCAGACAAACAUCCAAUCCUCACUCCGAAAAACGCCAACGUAGACUUUGAUUCUUUAAUGUGUCAGCUCCCAGAGAUCGAGCGUGGAUUUGGUUACACGCAUGCCGCUCCAGCUGGUGGCCUUUGCAACGGCCAGAUACUUGCCGUCAUCUGAGAAGGCGGCGCUCGUCAGGAAGCCCGUCUGGAAGCGGAUUGUAAAGAGCACAGUGCCCUUGUGUACGUCGGUAAUGUCCAUGCCGUCCUCGACGCGGCACGCUAGGAAGCGGCAGUCGGGUGAGAGAGCAAUGGGCACGCCUUCGCGGCCACGGCGAGCCGACAGCGUAUACGACUCAAAGGCGCCAGUCGGGUGGUCCCAGCGGUACACGGUGUCGCCGUAGAUGGCAACGACGAGGUUCGAGUCCGGGCAGACACCGAGAUGUAGAGGCUUCUUGGUUGCGCCUGUAUCGAGUUUGGCUAGUGUCUCAAGGUUGAGAGGGUCGGUUAGGCGGAGCGUGCCGUCGACGCACAUGGUAAUAAGGGCGUGGGAGUCGGGCGUGAAGAGUGCGUGGGAUACCGUAUCCAUGUGUGAGUGAAUCAUGAGCGGUUGGCGCUGCACGAGGUGGCUGGACGUCUGGAAGAUUCCGAUGCGGUUGUUUGCGCCGGCGAGGGCGGUCGUGCGGCCGUCUCGUGAGAAAGCGAGUGGGCGGGCCUCGGGCCAGCGGUAUCGGUGCAGCUUGGUGCCGGUGGGAUGGUCAAUGAGGUACAGCGCCUUUUCCUUGCUUGGGUUGGAGACAUCUUCGAGAGGGUACAUGCAGUAUGUGGUUCCCGGGUACGAAAAGAUGGCUGUUGUGGCAGCGUCGUAGCUGCCUUGUAGAUGGUGGCCGGUCACAACCGAGAAGAACCGCAUGCCGGAUGAGCCCGUGCAUGCGGCGACAAUUAGUGCACCCUUGCGGUCGCAGAAGGCUACAUGGGUAAUUUCGGACGUCGAAACCUCACGCUUCGACAGGUGUCGUAGGGAUACGUGGCUUGGCGCAGGGAAGCUCACGUUGAUGGGGGAGUAUGCGGGCGUCAUGGCACCUGUGUUGUGGACGGAAUGGAGAGAAGCGACGUCACUGCGAUUGAUUCCGUUAGAAGGGGCUUAGAAGGUUGUAAAAAUGGAGGGGGCAUAUACCUGAUGUUGGAGGAGAUGUUGUUUUCGGGGACGGGAGGGACGAUGAGGGUGCCUGUGGACUCUUCGAGAUAGGCCUGCAGUGUGUCGAUGAAAUCGAUAACGGCCGGUUUGAGAGAGUCGAAUGUGCUGUGGGCCGGCGCGGAUAUGUUUGUUGUACGAAGGCGCAAAUUGACUGUGUCCUGGAGAAGCUGGGUGCUCUGGUAACUCGGGAGCUCUGACGGUGUAUCUUGCGGGUUAUCGUUGGAUGGUGGGGUGCUAGGGG